AUGGCUACUGAUAGGAAGAAACUUUCUGUAUAUCAUUUAGGGGAUUGUCUUGGAAAAGGUGCUUUUGGUGCAGUAUAUCGUGGAUUAAAUUUAAACACUGGAGAAACGGUAGCAGUUAAGCAGAUAAAGUUACAUAAUAUUCCAAAAACAGAAUUGAAAGUUAUUAUGAUGGAAAUUGAUCUUCUUAAAAAUUUAAAUCAUCCUAAUAUUGUAAAGUAUCACGGAUUUUUUAAAACAGCUGAUGCAUUAAAUAUUGUUCUUGAAUAUUGUGAAAAUGGCUCUCUUCAGAGCAUAUGUAAAACUUUUGGGAAAUUUCCUGAGAAUUUGGUAGCUGUUUAUAUUACUCAAGUAUUACAUGGUCUUUUAUACCUUCAUGAUCAGGGCGUCAUUCAUAGAGAUAUUAAAGGUGCAAAUAUUUUAACAACUAAAGAAGGAUUUGUAAAACUAGCUGAUUUUGGUGUGGCUACAAGGACAUCCUCAUUGAGUGAUUUUACUGUUGUUGGGAGUCCGUAUUGGAUGGCGCCUGAAGUAAUUGAGCUCAGUGGUGUUACUACAGCCUCUGAUAUUUGGAGUGUUGGUUGUACGGUUAUUGAGCUUUUAGAAGGGAAGCCUCCAUAUCAUAAGUUAGAUCAAAUGCCUGCUUUAUUUAGAAUUGUUAAUGAUGAACAUCCUCCACUUCCUGAAGGCUCUUCUCCUGUUACACGAGAUUUUCUUAUGCAAUGUUUCCAGAAAGAUCCUAAUCUUAGAGUAUCUGCAAAAAAGUUACUUAAACAUCCCUGGUUAGUUAAACAAGGAAGAUUAUAUGAUAAAAUAGUUCCCCAAUCUACUUCAAGAUAUGAUGAUGUUAUAAAAAGUGUUCAACAGUGGAAUGCUGCUUUAAAAUCUCCAGAUAUUGGAACUAUCAGAAAAGCAUCUGUUUAUUCUACACAGCCAUUUAAAUCUACAGCUUUUUGUUUUUCUGCUAACGAAACUAAAGAACUUACUUUGAAACAUGUUUCGGAAGUAAAUAGAUUAAAAACGGAGGCAUUUAGGUCCCCUGAUGAUUCAAUUACGUCAAACUGGGAUAAUGAUUUUAUUACUGAUAUUUCACCAUCUAAACUGGUUUCUUCAAAUUCUUAUAAUAUAGAUGACUUAAAGAGCAAAUACUCACAAUAUAAAAAUAUAAAGUCAUAUAAAUUUAAACAAAUGUCUGAUAAAUUAAAAGAUGACAUGAAUCAAGAAAUUGAAAAAGAAGUAGCAUUAGUGAAUUUUUCAAAAUUAAAUGUUUCUUCAAAUGAAGAUUUUGAAGAUAAUAUGAAAACUAUACGACCCAUUAAGAAUAUUAAAUUGGAUAAUGAGUCGUUUUUAGAUAAAAAAUUAAAUACGGGGUUGAUUGAAGUUAAUAAAAUUGCUGACACUACAUCUUUUCAUCAUGAAAUAAUUGAAGAUUAUUCUGAUUUGGUUUUGGAAAAUGAACAUUCUUUUGCUCAAAAGGUUGAUCAAUAUAAGAGAGAUAAUUUAGCAAGUCCUCGUCUUUUUCAUCCUAAUGAUAUAAAAAUACUUUCUCAACCUUCAUAUGUAUUAACUAAAUCUCAUUCUUGUCAAAAUUCUUCUGUGUUAUCAACAGAAAAUAAUUCAUUUAGUGUUGCUAAUUGUUCUACUGAAAUAUCUCAGUAUAUUGAGCAUGACGAUGAUGAGACUGAUUAUUCUAAUAUUUUUACUCAUUUAAAUCAACGCGAUGAACAGGGUAAUUUAUCUUAUUCAGAUACAUUAAUGCUUAAUACUAAACUUUCUCACAAUUCAUGGCUUGGUGAUGAUGUUAGUGAUGAAGACGAUCUUUUUUUACAAAUAAAUGAAGGAUUUGAAGAAAUGGAUUUGGACGCUAAUAUUGCUAGAGAGCAACAAGCUAGAACUGCUGAACGUGUUAUGUUUUUGGUAGAUUCUUUAAAGGUUGAUCAAGAUGAGUCAAGUUUAAUUACUAGAUGUAGUGAUUUGAUGUCUAUUCUUUCUGAAUCAUCUGAUUUUAAAACAAAUAUAAUUGCAGCAUCAGGUUUAUUGCCAAUUUUAGAAAUCCUUGAUGUUUGUCAAAGACGAGAUCUUAUUUUUCAACUUUUGAAAAUUGUUAAUAUUGUUGUGGAAGGUAAUGUUGAAGCUCAAGAAAAUUUAUGCUUUAUAGGAGGUAUUCCCGUUAUUACUAAGUUUGCGUCUAAGAAAUAUCCAUAUGAUAUAAGAAUUGAAGCUGCUUUUUUUGUUAGAAUGUUGUGUCAAUCAUCAGCUGUAGUACUUCAGAUGUUUCUUAGUUGUCGUGGUCUAAAUGUUCUUGUUGAGUUUCUUGAAGAAGAUUAUGAAAUACAAAAAGAUCUUGUUUGGAUUGGAAUUAAUGGAGUAUGGAGUAUCUUUGAAGCUCAGGGCUCUUCUCCUAAAAGCGAUUUUUGCAGGAUAUUUGCAAAAAGUGGAAUUAUGGAUCCUCUUUCUCUUGCUUUGCAUCAUGUAUUAAAUGAAGAACAGACUGAAUUAAAUAAAAUAUGUAGUGAAAGAAUUGUGAAAAUAUUUUUAUUGUUUUCUCAAGCAGAUAAUACUGUAAAAGAGUUAAUUACAACUAGAGGAGUGAUAAGACGAAUUUUAAAGGAUUUAUCUAGAAUGUCUUUGCAUCUACAAAUUAAUAUGUUAAAAUUUGUUAAAAAUCUAUCAAUGGUUCCAGCAACCUUGGAUACAUUGCAGAAUGCUAAUACGAUUGAAAUAUUGACAGAAAUAUUGGCAUCACGUGAAGGAAUGACUAAUUCAAAGGAUAUUUAUAAUCAAGUUUUAAAUACUAUGUACAAUUUGUGUCGUCUUAGUAAAUCGCGUCAAGAGGAAGCAGCAUUGUCUGGUGUUGUUCCUUUACUUCAAAAUAUUGUUCAGAAAGAGCCCAUUUUAAAAGAAUUUGCAUUACCUAUUUUGUGUGAUUUAGCUCAUGCUAGUAAAGUUUGUAGAAAAGUUUUAUGGCAGAAUGGUAGUUUAGAUUUUUAUUUAUUUUUAUUAAAUGAUCCUUAUUGGCAAGCAAAUGCGUUAGAUGCUAUACUUGUUUGGUUUCAAGAUGAUAGUGGAAAAUUAGAAGAGUAUCUUGUAAGGCCAUCUUCUAUAUCUGCAAUUAUAGAAGCAUUUAGUACAGCUAAAGCUAAUUCUUUUGAAAAUUUAUUAGAAUGUCUUUAUAAACUUCUUCGUCUUAGUCAAAGAAUAGCAUGUGCAUUAGUUCAGCCUAAGUUUUUUGAGAAGUUAAUUAGAAGACUUCAGCAUCAAAAACCUAUUGUUAGGCUUAAUCUUUUACGUGUUUUGAAAAGUAUUUGUAAUGCACAUCCUUCUAAACAAAAUCUUGUGACACAAUAUGGACUUUAUGAUAUAAUUGAGAAACUUAGUCAGCAAGACACAGCAGUUCUUGUUCGGGAACUUGCAAAAGAUAUUAUGAAUCAAACAUUGAUGGAUAAUUCUGUAAGUAGUAGAUCAAGUAAAAGUAGUUAUGAUAGUGAAUAUUUAAAUCGAGUUUCAACUGUAUGGUUUGAUGCUGAUGAUAGAUUAGCAUAUGAUAGACCUAGUGAAUUAUCAAACUUAAAAGGUAUAUUUGAUAGUGAUUUAGUAUACAGAACAUCGAAAACAGAAAUACAUCAACCAUAUUGGAAUUUGUUGUUAUUGGCUCAGUUACGUGGUUUUAGUUUAGUAUGA